CAGCGCGCCCGCGGGACUGCCGUGCUCGUGGGGCCGGGCCGGGCCGGGCCGGGCGGGUUGAGCCGAGCCGGAGCGGGCCGCCGCGAUGGCGCAGCACGGGCCGAGCGUCACGCUGUCCCUCACGCUGCCCAUCACCUGCCACAUCUGCCUGGGCAAGGUCCGUCACCCAGUUAUCUGUGUGAACAACCAUGUCUUCUGUUCCAUUUGUAUUGAAGUGUGGCUGAAGAAUAAUAAUCAGUGCCCAGCCUGCAGGAUUGCCAUCACACCCGACAACCCCUGCAAGGAAAUUAUAGGAGGAACAAGUGAAAGUGAUCCUAUAUUUAGUCCGGCAGUCAGGAAACACCUACGUAAAACAAGGCUUGAAUUGCUCCACAAAGAAUAUGAGGAUGAAAUAGAAUCCCUGCAAAAAGAAGUAGAAGAUCUGAGAGGUAAAAAUCUCAGCUUACAGACACAGCUGAAAUCUCUUCUGGAUCCUACAACAUCAGCUUUGUCUUGCCAAAAUGAGGAAACUAGCCUGUCAGCAAAUGAAGCAAAUACCAGUGGCCCAGAAACAGCAGAGGAAUGGAGCAAAAAGCUGAAAGCUGCCAAUGAUAUGUAUGAAAAACUGAUGGAUAAUGUGGAAAAGCUAAAGGAGGCAAAUAAGAAACUGAGCAUGGAAAACAAUAACCUUUUAAGAGAGAAUUUGCGACUAAAGGCUGAAGUUGAUAGUAGAUCACCCCAAAAGUUUGGUAGGUUUACAGUAGCUGCACUUCAGUCCAAAGUGGAACAAAGUGAACGUGAGAUGAACCGUCUGAAAAAGGCACUGGAAAGAAGUGAUAAAUACAUAGAGGAAAUGGAAUGUCAGCUUUUACAGCUCAAAAAUGCGGGCAAAGGAAGCCAGACAGUGAGUGCUGUUAGUGAGAGCGCACUUUCCACAGAUACUGAAGGAGGUGAGAGCAGUGAAGAUGCAACUUGUUUGAAAACCCCAGUUGAGGAGAAAAAAACUUUGACUACCAGUCAAAGUCCUGACAGUCUUAAACAGCUGGCAAGUCGUGGAACUUGUUUAAGCUCUUCUAGUCAAGAUAGUUUGAAUAGCUCAAAUACCCAGCGGGCCACAGAGAAAGAACUAUUUCCAAGAUGUCACAGGGUUGUCCUGGAUGAAAAUAGUACAAAUAUGGAUGCCUGCUUAGAAGAGCAGUGGAAUAAAAUUGAGGAAUGUACCCCAUAUAAGGAUGAAGAACUUUAUGAUCUUCCACCACCAUGCACACCUUUUCUGUCUCUCAGUCGCCUUCAGUUGAACACUCCUGAUGGAAAAGAAAGUGUAAGGAAACCAUCAACAUUCCUGAGAAAAUUGAGAUUUGAAGAGUUUCAUGGCACUUCAGAUGGUGGCAGCAAAGCUUCUCCUGAACGCAGCACAAGCAGCUGUAAUAGUCAAAAGAAGCUAAACUGUUUUACUACAGGAAAAUCAGGGUUUUGGGGCACCUGCCCAACAAAUUUUGCUGAAAACUUAGAUUUUGAGGAAUCAGAGCAAAAUUCAGUGGCUGAUCAGUCAGAUGAGACAACAGCAAAGUCCGGUGAUAAAACGAAUUCUUGCUUACCUAAAAGGCUACAUACUCUCUGCUCUUCGGAAAUGAAUCGCACAAGAACCUCCAGUGAGGCAUCUAUGGACGCUGCCUACCUCGAUAAAAUUUCUGAGUUGGACUCAAUGAUGUCCGAGUCAGACAACAGCAAGAGUCCAUGCUAUAAUUUCAGGUCCUCUGAUCUUGAUAAUUCUUCAAAGUCAACAGAGUGCCCUAAGCUUCUGAAUGGAACUGAGAAGAAACUGGAAGAAAUGAAUGAGGAACAGACAAUGAAGUGUCCAGAGACAAGUGAUCUAGCAGCUGAUAAAACUGGCUGGAAACCUGCUAUGUUUUCCAACCUCUCCCCAUCUGACCUAGAUAUGAAUGACCCCUUUCCGCUGUUUACAAGCCAAAAUGCAGUGGCUAGUGGUAGCAAACCUUCAAACUCUUUAUUUCAAAGGGAGUUUUCCCCAAGUGUACUGUUCAGUAACUCACAAAGGUUGUUUGAGGAACAAAAGGUUGGUUCCUGUUUUUUGAAAAUGUCAUCUGAUCUGCACAGUCAGCUUAGUCCUCCUUGGGUGUCUUCCUUUACAGCUGAAAGGAAAAAUAAAAAUGUCAGUCAGUCAACCAAGAGGAAAAUUCAAAGCAGCCUUUCCAGUGCUAGUCCAUCAAAAACCACCAAAAACUGACUCGUCUUGGAAAUCAAAUGUGAUUUAAAGUGAUAAACCUGCAAAUGUUUAAUAUUUACAGGUGAACUGAAUUUUUAAUAACUUCAUGCAAUCUGAUCCUGUCAUUCUCAGCUAUGUGAAAACUGAACAUUCCCUUGCCCAUUGCAAGCUCUUUCCUAGGCAAGAACCAUUCCAGAUUCUUUUCUUUGACUGGGCAUUUUAUGUACUUGGAAGUUUGGGGGUUUGGAAUGUUCUUUUGUUUUCAGACUACAUGCUCUUCCAGUUGUGAGCACAGCUAAUGGCUCCCUUGAACAGGAAGUUCUAAAUGGACUUACCAAAUCAGUCAUUCCUGUAAGAAUUAAAGGUUACGUUUUCUGUUCCUAAGAUUGUGGGUUUUUACACGUAAGGCAGCUACUGGCUGUAUAUCCUAUGGAUUCAUGAAGUUGCUAUAAAACAACGUUAGCUUUGCCGUAAAACUUUCCUCCCAAAGGAAAUGUUGCUGCUCAAAGUGUUUCAUAGCACUGUACGGUACUGAAGCUCUUGUUUUAGGUGAGUAUAAGAGAGCAGCCUUUCUUUUCAGGGUUACAGCACUUCAGUUAGAAAACAUCUCUUCUUUAACACUGCAAUCAUGGUUUGUCUUUUUUUGGAGUUAAGCACAAUUUUUAAUUUAGUUCCCAAAAAGCAUUGUUAUUCUAAGUGUGUUUAGUAUGCCUGUAUAGACCAUAAAAAUGGGUUUGUAUGCUAAUGACUUGUUUACCUAAUGUGCACUGAACAUCUUACAUUAAUACUGUACCAUUUCACAUUAAUACUGCAUGCUUUUCUAUGUGAAUUGAAUAAAACAUGUUAUAAGCACUGUAAUCCUUGAUGUUGCCUCAAA